UGUCCGCGGACCGCUCAAGCCGAGGCUCAAGCUAGCUUCUUCUGUGUCUUCAUCGAGCGAGCUUGACCUUUCACGAUGCAGAAUCGGAGGAGCUAGACGAUAAUGAUCCCACACAACUGGCUGGUGCACAAGCUACGCUAAUGACUACACUGGAAACCCAACUGAAACGCUAUACCAGGAGAGCCAAGCCAACUGGAGAGGUCCUAGGGAGUGGGACUUUACGGCUCAGUGAUCGAACUAACUUCAGUGGGGGAGACUGUGGCUGGGAAGGUGUUCAGAGUGUCUGCCACUUCGCAGCUUCAGGCAUUAGCAACCAAAGUGUGCGGAGAGGUGAUCACAAUGCUGCAGCUCAGCCAUCCAAACAUUGUCCAGUGUAAAGGAGUGGCUUUACUGCCAGACAAGUCACCACUGCCUGUUCUUCUGAUGGAGCGACUGAAGACAAGUCUUCAUGCCUACCUCCUAUGCCCAAACAACUCCAAUCUUCCAGUGAAGAGAAAAGUGUCCUUUUUACUAGACAUAGCUAAAGGACUAGACUAUCUUCACAGCCGCACACCUGCCAUCAUCCAUCGAGACUUGACUGCCACCAACGUCCUGCUCACCUCCCAGCUCACGGCAAAGAUAACCGACUUCGGGAACUCCCGUUUCCUGGACCUUGACCCCAGAACAACAUCCAGAACAUUUACCACAGUGCACGGAACUCUGGAGUACAUGCCCCCCGAGCUCCAGGGGGUGACUGCACAAGGAGUGAGCAAGAAGUUCUACCCCAGUCUGGAUGUCUUCUCCUUCGGGCACCUCUCUCUCUUCACUGUCACCCAGACUCAAGUAACCCUCCUCCCUCCCACCUCCACUGACCCUGAAACUGGUUCAGUGAAAGGGCUGUCAGCAUUGGAGAGACGUGAGGAGUUUGUGACGAAAGCCCAGCAACUCUUGCCAGAGAAUCCCGAUUUACUGCAACUUAUUCAACAGUGCCUCCACAAUCUGCCAGGAAAGAGGCCUUUAACCAGAGAAUUAGUAGAAAAACUGAGCAGCAUGACUGCUGUUGUCAUUCCUGCUGGCCAAGACAGGGGAAGAGUUGAGAGAGAUUCUGCCUCCACUCAGGGAAGAGGCAUUGGAGAAGCUGCAGUAGUAGACACCAGACCUCCUGCACAGUCACCUAUACAGCCUUCUAUCCCUGAGGGAGUACCAGAUGGGGGGUUGGACAGAGUAAUAAGUGACAGAGACGUGGCAGUAAUAGCCAGAGACCAUGUCACUCACUGGGAAAACCUGGCACCUUUCCUGGGAGUAACUAGAACCAAGGAACAGGAGAUAGCUAUGUCCUACCCGGGAGACUAUGGGAAACAGAAACGAGAGUGUCUGUAUGUGUGGAAGGAGAUGGAGGGAGAAAGGGCCACGUACCGAGCCUUCAUUUCAGCAGCUGAGGAGGCAGGAAACCAGCAGUUGGCACACUCUGUGAGGGACCUCUACAGUCAUACCACAGGAACAGUCGAAAGAGACUCAGAUAUUGUCAAAGAUGAAGUGACACAGGUGUUGGAUGUAUCAGAGAGAGAUACCUCUCAAGACCAACAGUUCUCCAAAGAAAAAGAUGUGCCAGCAGUAUCUCUCGGCCAUCCACAGGGCGCACUCGUUCAUCAAAACAGAGACGUAAAGCAUCAAGCAUCAUCCCUGUGGAGAGAUGGUAUCGAGGCCAGAACAAUUGGAAGUAAACGAGACAGUCACUCCAAUGGAUACAGCAGCUUCCCCACCACGAGCUCACCAGAACGUAGUUAGUAGCACAGAGCUACAUGUGGCUCACAUCUCGACAGACACAAAUUGCUUGAUAUGUGAUGAGGAUACAGAUAUAUCUUCUGAUCUCUCUCCACGUCAGACUGUGUGGCUUGGUGGACCAGGACCAGAGGUACCACAACCCCAACUUGUUCUUCGGGAUCCUACCCAAAAAGCAGACAUUGGAGCACCAGAUGGAGGGUUGGACAGAGUAAUAAGUGAAAGAGACCUGGCAGUAAUAGCCAGAGACCACGUCACUCACUGGGGAAGCCUGGCACCUUUCCUGGGACUAACUAGAGCCCAGGAACAGGAGAUAGCUAUGUCCUACCCGGGAGACUAUGGGAAACAGAAACGAGAGUGUCUGUAUGUGUGGAAGGAGAAGGAGGGAGAAAGGGCCAUGUACCGAUCCUUCAUUUCAGCAGCUGAGGAGGCAGGAAACCAGCAGUUGGCACACUCUGUGAGGGACCUCUACAGUCAUACCACAGGAACAGUCGAAAGAGACUCAGAUGUUGUUGAGGAUGAAGAACUGGAGACACUGCCAGUUCCUCCAACAGACACACGGACUCUCCCUGUGGGCACUAACGCUAACCCCUCCCCUUCUAUUGAAGCAAUGCAGGAGCAGUCAAAUGGAGAUUCUAUGAGUCAAAGAAAUGCCAGUUCAACAAGAAAUGUUCCAGUAGUGACACAGACUUUAGGAGAGGAUAAUCUGGUGGAGAUAACAGACCAGCUGAUGGAUCUGGACCAGUCUGAUGUCUACAACCUGGGUCUGGUCCUGGGACUGGCUCAUCGCCGUGUGGUGGAUCUGAGAGAAAACAGCAGAUCCAACCAGGCCUUCCUGGAUGCAGUGGUCCUACACUGGCUGCAGAGAGACGACCAUGUGAAGGAGGUGUCCUGGGCAGCUCUUGUUAAGGCUCUUCGCCACCAGAGACUGGGACACACUGGAAUUGCCACCUCCAUUGCUGAGAAAUAUGGAUUUUGAUGCUACCGCUGCCACCUUUACAAAGAACAUUGCUCUUUAUCACUGUUUUAAAAUGCUACUGUGUUUUAUUUAUUUUACUGCCAGUCAGGUU